AUGGAUAAGCCCAUAACCUUCGCGAUCAUGCAGGUGAUCAAGGGCUGGGCAGAGGCAAUGCAGCUGAUGGCCGAGCGCGGCAAGAUGGAGAUGUGCAUCCCCUCUGAGCUCGCGUAUCGGGCGGCGCUGUCGAUCGGAGACUCGAUACGGCGCUCGGCGCUCGGGGAGCUCAGGAUGUCGAUGGCUCCGCUGCCUCAAGGCCUCGUCACCUUCAUGGAUGCUGACAAAGCUCAGAAGCUGGCGGAUAUGGCCCGAGACGCUGGAGACCCGGUGGGUGAACAGCGCUAUUUGGGCCUGGUGGCCUUGGCCAAGGCUGCCCAGCCUCGCCCACCCACCACGAAGCAGCGCAUGGAGAAGUUCGAGGGCAUCCAGCUGGAAAUCCAGAAACAGAUCCAGCAGGACCUCGACAAGCUUGACCGCUGGGCGAAGUCCCGAGACGCUGUCCUUGAGCGGGUGGCCAACCUCAAGGACCAGCUCGAGCACGCCAGGCAGGAACACAAGCAGGCGGUGCUGGAUCUACAGUCCCAGUACGCCGCCGAGACCCCCAAAACGGCCCCCAAGAUCAGCAUCCGCGAGAUCUGCGAGGGACGGCUGGAUCUGGAGAACAUCCUCACCAUGGAUGACUUCUUGGGGACCCAGGAGGCACAGGAGCUGUAUGACCUCGAGUCUCAGGAGGUGGAGGAGCUCACGAAGAGGAAGGACGAAGUGGCGCAGCAAAUCCAGAAGGGGUUGGCCGACUACUUCAAGGCCUCCCUCGACAAAGUCAAGGCACCGCAGCGGUCGGCAACGAUGGUGCUGGCUCUGCUCCAGCGGCCUCUGCUGCAGCUGCUGCCGCACCCGCUGCCGCCGAGGGAACCAAGCAUGCGGAUGAAGGACCUCUGCGUUACGAUCCUGCCCGGCCUGAAGCUUCGCGCUCAGGUCCUGGAGGCUGCGGGGGGCGCGCCGCUGGCGGCUGCCCUGGACACCAGCCAAGGUGGUCCGCUGUUCGCCGUGGACGCGCAGGAGAACGGGACAGGGCCGCGGAUCCUCUGGAGCUCCCUGGCCGAUUUCCAGUGCCUGCCGUCGAACGGCACCCUCUUCGACAUCGAUUUUUACACGAGCGAGGACGUGGCGGGCCUUGGGGAGCAGAAGCGCAUCGAGCUGUACGACUGCGGGGCCGCCUGCGGCAGCAGCGCCGACGAGGCAGACGUAUUGCUCUGGGCCGCCAUGCUGGACCCGUUGGUGACUCAGGCCGUUCACCAGCCAUACUCGUUGCGGGUGUUCCUUCACAACGCGAGCAGCCUGAACAGCUCGAACAUAUCGCGGGAAUACCACGUCCGUCUCGCCGCCGGCCAGCUGCCGGAGCCGCUUGCGGGGUCUUCGCUGGCCCACCCGCUGACCCCUGGCAACGCGUACCAGCUGCGCCUGCAGAGCGGCUGGCUGCUCGGCUACGGCGGCGGCCAGGAGAUCAGCCCAGAGGGGCUGGCGAACGCCUCGAGCUCGAACGCCUCGAACGCGACGGCGAACGCGACGGGGAACUACACGGCGGGCAACUACACGACCCUGGAGUUCGGGCCAUGGACGACCCUGGAGUUCGGCGUUUGCCGCGUGGCUGCCGGGAGCUCUCCGAGGCACUCCGUCGUCACCUCGCCGCACCCGCUGGCACCUUCAUCGACCCUGGCUGCACGGAGGUUCAACCUCGUUGCGCCAGCCGGCGCCGUCGUGGACGAGCGCGGCAACCCCAGCGUGGCGGUGUUCGACUGGCCCUUCUCGCACGAGCUGGCCGCCCCGACCUUCGACGCGGCGGCGACCCACCCGCCCGCCGGGAGCACGCAGGUGUCGCUGGCGGAGAACAUUGCCUCGGCCUCGGGGGGGGGGCGCCCCCUCGCGGGCGUGGCGGUGGCGACAAGACGCCCCCGGAUGUCGCGGGACAGUGCCGCGGCCGCCGCCAUGGCGGGGCGGGGCGCCCGCCGGCGCCGCAGGGCGGUGCUGGUGCUCGGAGGUUCACCCAACGAGGAGGGGAGGCUCACUGGCUCGCCGUCACGAGGCAGCACGACGGAGCAAGGCAAGGAGCACACGGACCACUCCGGGCUCCGCGCAGCUCGCGCUCGUGCUGCGGGGCGCCGCCCUCCCUGCCUGGGGGCGCUGCGCGGCCGCGGCCCACCGCUCCGCCGCCGUGGCCGCCGUGGCCGCGGCGCGGGCCGCCGCGGCGGGGCGGGCCGCCGAGGCGCCCGCGCCGGCCGGGGCGCUCUGCGCGGACGGCGUCGUCUGCGCAGCUCGGACGAGGGCAGGGCGGCACGAGCCCUCACGAGUUUCAUGGCGCCAGCCUCGCGGAGCGGAUGUCGUUCGGAAGCCGAUAUGGGAUUGGCCCAGAGUGUCCUGGAGAAUUGCGUUCCGGAUUGCUUUGGGAUUUGCGUUGGCAGGGAAUGAAGACUAGAAGCACUCCACGCGAAAUUCACUGUGUUUUGCCCGCCGUUGCAGGGUUUUGAAUCGAAAAUCCACGCGACACAAAUCCGCUGCAGCACGUCUGCAAGAUCGGUGCAGGGACAAGGUCAGAGGAGGAAAGGGCCUCAGUCUCUCGAGCCGGGC